AUACAAGUCAUAUAAUGAGAAAGAUGAUGACUUUUAGUAAUAUAGAGGGUAAAUUUCUCUUAAAUUAAUCGCCACAGUAACAGUGUUUUUCCUGGGAGAAGUGUUGCCCUCGUCGCCAUCUUUGGCUCUUCAACUCUCAGCUCCACCCAGAACAGAUAGGAUUCGAAUUUAAUGCACGAUACACCACCAAGUCUUGAGAUUAUAUACAUAUACAUAUGAUUCCUUCAAUUUUGGUUACACUUUCGUUGUUGUUACUUUGGAGCUCUGGAGCAUCUGUAUUCGUUUCGGCCGGAUCCCAUCGAGCCAUUCUCCGGACGAUCAGCGAUGACAGCCGUGGGGGGAAGCACGACUACGCCGUGGAAUUGAAUGCCACGAACUUCGAUACAGUUCUGAAAGAGACUCCAGCUACCUACGCUAUUGUUGAGUUCUUUGCUCACUGGUGCCCUGCAUGCAGAAAUUAAGCCACAUUACGAGAAGGUUGCCCGGCUAUUUAAUGGCGCAGAUGCUAUUCAUCCAGGAAUCAUAUUGAUGACAAGGGUAGACUGUGCAGUUGGGAUAAAUUCAAAUCUUUGUGAUAAUUUCUCUGUGGGGCAUUACCCGAUGCUUUUCUGGGGGCCUCCUACUAAGUUUGUUGGUGGAAGUUGGAAGCCUAAGCAGGAAAAAAGUGACAUAGUUCCAAUUGAUGAUGGGCGAACAUCGGGUCUAUUGUUAGAGUGGAUCAAUAAGAAACUGGGAAGUUCAUAUGGAUUGGACGAUGAAAAGUACCAGAAUGAACAGCUUCAGACAAAUAUCUCAGAUCCCGGGCAGAUAGCCAGAGCUGUAUAUGAUGUUGAGGAGGCAACAUCUACUGCUUUCGAUAUCAUCUUGAGGCACAAGAUGAUAAAUUCAGAUACAAGAGCAUCACUUGUAAAAUUCCUUCAACUUUUGGUUGCUCAUCACCCUUCUAGAAGAUGUCGAAGGGGUUGUGCAGAUAUACUUGUUAACUUUGAUGAUCUAUGUCCGUCUGAUGCUUUGUCAGCAAAUGAAGAAGUUCCCAGUUGUACUAAAAAAGGCAUUCUAGGGAAGUACCAGAUUUGCGGUAACGAAGCUCCGCGCGGGUAUUGGAUGUUUUGUCGUGGAAGUACAAAUGAAACCAGGGGGUUCAGUUGUGGGUUGUGGGUAUUGCUACACUCCCUCUCCGUAAGAGUUGACGAUGCAGAAAGCGAGAUGGCUUUCAAAACUACAUGUGAUUUCAUACACCACUUUUUCAUAUGUCAAGAGUGUAGGGAGCAUUUCUAUGAGAUGUGCUCAAGGGUUUCUACUCCGUUCAACAAAGCCCGUGAUUUUGCCCUUUGGUUGUGGGACACACACAACACUGUCAACAAGAGACUGAUGAAAGCAGAAGCCUCACUAAGAACAGGUGACCCUAAAUUCCCAAAAGCUGUUUGGCCACCCCAACAGCUUUGUCAAUCUUGUUAUCUUGGCCAAACCAAAAAGGAGGGCAACGAAAGCAAGUUGAUCAACUGGGAUCAAGACGAAGUCUUCAAGUUCUUGGUCACUUAUUAUGGGAAGACACUGGUUAGUCUUUACAGGGACAGGGAACUUCUUGGAGGUGACGAAAACCCCUCUCUUGAGGAACCGGUAUCUUCAACAAAUGCUAUUGUCGUUCCGGUGGGGGCCGCGUUUGCAAUUGCAGUUGCUAGCUGUGCGUUCGGGGCUCUUGCCUGGUUCUGGCGUUCACGACAAAAGAAUAGAAAGCCCAAGAGAAGCUGGAACUGAUCACCCGUGUCUGGUUGGAGUGGUUGGUAGAGUGUAGAUUACUAUUCAGAAAUGUGAGUGAGGCACAGGAUAGGAAACAGAUAGUUCAGAGGAUUGUAAGUUGUAACAAAAGCUUGGUUGAGAUUUGCAUCUCUUACUCCGUAAAACCCUUCUCUAUUUGAGUCAUUUUCCUCAAAAUUGUGUAUAGAUUUACAUGUGAUAAACGGAGUAUGUUAUUUUGGAUAAAAAUUGAUGUGUUAUUUCUCACACAUGCAAUGGUGAGCUUGAGCAUGUUUUAGGUAUGGGUAGGCGAAGAUUUCAACAUCGCAGUGGUAGUUGGGGAAUCAAACUUACACUACCUCCGUUGUAAUCUCUUAGUUCCAAAAAAAGUUUGUUUGAUCUAAUGACACAAGUUACAUGUAGGAAAGGAUCAAAAUUGCGUAUUGUGUACUUGUGUUUUUUAUUAUUGCAUAUCGCGUAAGCCUCACUAUGCAAUGGGGGCCUGAGGUGCAAUAUAGAGAGAAAUGUUCCCUGACUGGAAUCGUUGUUUGGCCACCUCUAUUUGAGGUACUUUUGUGUGGAAUUUUUUUAAUGAACUUCAUGAGCAUGUUUUUC